UCGCUCAGCCUUGCGCGUUCCUUUCCAUCCGCGUGCCCGUGGGUUAGCCUGUGUGUCCACGUUGAGGGGUCCCACCGGGAACAGAAAUGCCGACAAAAAUCAUCUUUGAAACCGAAGAUCCAGCCAUGGAAGAAGCUGUUGACACAGUCGCGGAGGCUACAACCCUGAAGAUCAAGACCAAGGAGGGCAAGAAGCUGAAGAAGAAGCUGCUGCUGCAGCAGCAGCAGCAGCAGCAAGAGGACCUGGAAGUGCAGGAGGACCCUGAAUGUGAACCUCCAGCAUCCAAGAAGAAAAAGAAAAAAGACAAGCUGGCAACGGACCAAAUGAACGACCACAUAGAGGAAGCCACAGACAUGAAUGGCAACAGUAACGGUGUUGAAACACCAAAGCAGAAGACUAAGAAGAACACAGAAGGAGACACAGAGAAAAAAAAGAAAAAGCAAAAGAAAGCAAUCGCAGAGGACGCAACCAACGGACAUUCCACCCCGAACACCCCCGUUCAGACGCCCAUCCAGACCCCAUCCCAGUCUAGUGAGGAAUCGGCUAGUGACAGCGAAAAAGAAACGGUGGAGACACCAGAGCAGAAGGAGGGAGCCUUCUCCAACUUCAGGAUCUCCCAGGUCACCAUUGAUAAACUAAAAGCUCGAGGAGUCUCUUACCUGUUUGACAUUCAGGUGAAAACAUUUAAUUCUGUAUAUGAUGGAGAGGAUGUAAUUGCACAAGCCAGGACAGGAACAGGAAAGACCUUCUCCUUUGCCAUCCCUUUGGUGGAAAAGCUCCAGAAAGAUUCAGUGCAGUUGACCAGAGGCCGGGCUCCCAGGGUCCUGGUGUUAACUCCAACCAGAGAGUUGGCUAUCCAGGUCGCCAAGGACUUCAAAGACAUUAUCAAGAGACUGUCGAUCACCUGUUUCUAUGGAGGCAGCUCAUACAACCCACAGAUCGAUGCUAUCCGUAAUGGUAUCGAUAUUUUGGUUGGAACCCCUGGUCGCAUCAAGGACCACCUCCAGAACAAUAAACUCGACCUCUCUAAACUGCAACACGUUGUUCUGGAUGAGGUAGACCAAAUGUUGGACAUGGGCUUUGCAGAACAGGUCGAAGAGAUUUUGUCUACAUCAUAUGAGAAAGACUCCGAGUCCAACCCACAGACUCUUCUGUUUUCGGCCACUUGCCCCCCCUGGGUCUACGAGGUCGCCAAGAAAUACAUGAGACCAGAGUGCAAACAUGUUGACCUGAUUGGCAAGAAAACACAGAAAGCUGCAACCACUGUGGAGCAUCUGGCCAUAGCAUGCCACUGGUCACAGCGUGCAGCUGUGCUAGCCGAUGUGAUCCAGGUCUACAGCGGCAGACACGGCAGAACCAUCGUGUUCUGUGAGACAAAGAAAGAGGCCAACGAACUGUCCAUGAAUGCAGCCAUCAAACAGAGUACCCAGUCCCUUCAUGGUGAUAUUCCUCAGAAACAGAGAGAGACGACGCUAAAGGGCUUCAGGGGUGGUUCUUUUGAGGUUCUGGUUGCCACCAACGUUGCAGCCCGUGGAUUAGACAUCCCCGAAGUUGACCUUGUGGUCCAGUGUUCUCCCCCCAAGGAUGUGGAGUCAUACAUCCAUCGUUCGGGGCGUACGGGCCGAGCAGGCAGGACUGGAGUCUGCAUCUGUUUCUACCAGAGGAAAGAAGAGGACCAGCUGCGCUACGUAGAAAACAAAGCAGGCAUCACAUUCAGACGAGUUGGCGUUCCCACUGCCAAUGAUAUCAUCAAGUCAUCGAGCAAGGAUGCCGUCAGGUUCCUGGACUCUGUUCCAGUCACAGCUAUCGGAUACUUCAGAGAGUCAGCUGAGAAGCUAAUUGAGGAAAAAGGAGCCGUUGAAGCACUAGCUGCUGCCUUGGCCCAUAUUUCUGGAGCCACAAGUCUAGAGCAGAGGUCACUGCUCAACUCUGAUGCUGGUUACACCACUGUGCAGUUGGUGUGUUCUCAGGAAAUGCAUAAUCUGGGUUACGCCUGGAGAAGCAUCAAAGAACAGCUUGGAGAAGAGUUUGAGAACCACGUUCACAGAAUGACCUUCCUUAAAGGCAAAAUGGGAGUUUGUUUUGAUGUCCCAGCUGACAAAGUCAAGGAGAUUCAGGAUCACUGGACGGAUGGUCGCCGUUGGCAACUGACUGUAGCCACAGAACUCCCGGAGCUGGAAGAGAAGCAGUUCAAUAACCGUGGUGACCGAGGUUUUGGCGGCGGUAACCGUGGUGGAGGAGGGUUCAGAGGUGGAAGGGGGCGGAGUUUCGGAGGAGGUGGGGGGCGUGGCUUCAGGAGUGGAGGCGGUGGCGGCGGGGGUGGCUAUGGCAACAACAGAGGAGGACACAAACGCAACUUCAGCCAAGCUUUUGAUUAUUGAAGUGGCAACCUGUGGACUGAUAAAACUGACUGUCACUGUCAUCUGGGCUGGCAGUGAUUUUUAUUGGCUGUUAGUGAGUGAUGGAUGUAUGGCUGGUGGAAAUCUCAAACAUGCUGAACUGAAAGCAUUUAAAUAUUCUUACGUUUUAUAUUCAGUUAUGACCAAUGUCCCCCUCUCUGAAAAUAAAGUCAACAUCACAUAUCUGAGAAAUUAGAUCUAUCCCCAAGUAUCCAUUUCCUGUGGGUUUAAGAACAGAUCUUGUGUAUACAGUACAUUAACUCAGACAUACUGGCAGCCAUUUUGUAAUGCCUGACAUGUACGUCUUUUAGGUGACGCCUUACUUAAAGCUCAUGAAAUGAUAUUCUUUACAGCUGAACUACAUCUUUCAGUUGCUAUGUCUCGAAUGCCAUAGGAUAAAAAAAAACCUUGACUAAUGAACCUAUAGUUAAAGUUAAGCAUAAUGUGAUGUCCGCACAUCCACUGAGGUGAAGUGUUACUCUUUUUAUACUGGGUGUUUGGGGAUCGGUGACAGCAAUCAGGCCUGAGUAGUCGACAAUAGAAGGGGCACUAUUCUGACCUCACAACUUGUAAACAUGCUACUUGUGGUAUUACUACACUAUAUAACUCUGCGAUUGUGUGGUACCAUGAAGGUGCACUGUACUGCAGACACUAUGUCAUGUGGGAGGCACUGUGUUUCUGCUCUGCACCCACAGAGAGCAGUGAUGAAAUGGGUGUUAACCUUUACAGUUGUGCGCAGUGUUGGAUUGCCGCCCUCAACUGAAACCGCUCUCCCCAAAUAUAUAUUGGAUGAUUGCUUUGCAAUUGCCUCUAUUUAAUAACUGUGUCUACUGCUUCCAUUCAUUUGAAUGAAAAGACUUGUCCAUUAAAAAAAAGUCAACUCA